AUGAGUUUAGAAGAACCCGAUGGUUUCAAUAGGAUGGAUAUCGGGUUCACAACACCAUUCACCACAGAAACUUCUUUAGAGCAGUUUGACAAAAGAAUUGUUUCAUUGAAUGGUCCAAUAUCUUGGCCUCUUAGAUCCCCUGACUUUUCUCCCUUGGAUUUCUACGCGACCAUAGAAAUCCUGAGACAAAGAACUUUGGACACAAUUAGGAACAUCAACGGAAAUACACUUGCUAGGUAG